GUGUUUUGAAUCCUACAUCACAAUGAAAUUUACAAUAUUAUUAAGCUGUGCGACUUUGAUAGUAUUUUCAAAUGCAGAACUGACACUUAGUCCAUAUUUAGAUUUAGCAAAUAAAAUAACAGAAAUUGCACAAAAUAAUCGUCAACAAAUUGCUGAUGGAUUCAAAGGCCUUCCACCAUUAGAACCAAUUUCAAUCACUGGACCAUUCUCGUAUACAACAGAUGCAGGGUUCAUCACAACGCUAUCAGAUGUCACAAUAAACGGCAUAACAUCAUUUAAUUAUACUAAUCUCGUAAUAUUAGAUAAUGGCGUGUUUAUUUUUACACUGGAUGUACCACAAGUAACUGUUGAAGGUGAAUUUUCUGUGGAUGCACCUCAAUACACUACUAAAGGAUUUAGUGCAAUACUUCCAGAUGUUCAAAUAAUUUUCACUGGCUUUUUGAAUGUAGAUCCUUCUAAUUCAGUAACUUUAAAUGAAGCCCAUGUAAAUGUUAAUAUUCACGGAAAUACAACGGUAAAAGUAAUUGGCUUACCUGGUCUUCUAGAUGAUUUGGUUAGAUCUUAUUUUGAACAGGAAUUUUCAAAUAUUAUUAACAAUCAUAGUAACGUGUAUGAAGAUCCUAUUGCAGACUCAGUUCAAGAUUACAUCAACACAAAUAUUUUACAAAAAUAUAGCUUUUCACAGUUGGAAAAUAUUAUUAAUCAAUUGAAAGUAUUUUGA